AUAGGUCCCAAAUAAGAGACUUAUUUACCAAUAAAUUCCAUGAAUUUAUUAAAAUACUAUUACAUCUCAUGAGGAUUACAUUGCAAUUAAUUUACGGCAAAUGUCCUUGGACUCAAACCCUUUUGAUUGAUAUUGACUGGCAACCCACAGUCCAAGAUAUCUAUCUAGCUGGCAUUGAUUAGUCAAUGACUGAUAUUGACUAGUCAAAAAUAACUUUUUAAAAAAUAUUUUUAUUAAAAUAUUAAUGUUGUAAUACUUUCAAAUCAAACAUUACAAAUUUAUAAAUAAAUUUUUAAAAUUUACAAGUCUUAUUUCCUUCAUUUAUAAGUUAACCUCUUAUAACAUUAAUACUUCAAUACUUUUUAAAUAUAAAAGGUGGACUUGUAAAUCAAUUUUAAAAAAUCAUUGAAAAAAUUAUAUAAAUUCAAGAGUAAAUCAUAUGUUUAUUUUUAAUAUUAAAGUACUAUUUUUUUUUAUAAAUUUACUUAUAAAUUUAAGAUGUUUGAGUUGUAAAUCUUGAAGAUAUGUAAAUCUAUGAUUUUUAAUUUGUAAAAAUUAAAAUAUAAAUAUUUCAACAAAAAUAUUUAGUCUAAAAAAUUGAGCAGUCAACAUUGGCCUAUGACCAGUCAAUAGUCGCCAACCACCAGUUAACAUUUGUUGGUUAUUAGUCAAUGCCUAUUGCCUACUGAUGAUCAGUCAACAUUAAUCAAAAGAAGUGAAUUUAAGGACAUUUGUGUAUUUUCAAUAAUUCAUAAGACUUAAUUAUAAGUAAAUGUUUUAUAUGAGACCAAUGUAUAAUUUUUUUUACAUUGUCUUAAUUUAUAGGUAUAUUUUUAUGUUUACAACUACUCGCUUAAAAAUAUAAAAUAUUUUAAUUAAAUCUUACAUUUUAAUAAAGUAAUUACUUGUCUUCAAAUUAACAUUAUCUUUCUAUAUUUACUUCUAUUUAAUACUAGAGUGUUUUUUACUUUAAAAUAAAUAUAAAAUAAUUUAUUUAUCAGAGACACUUUUUAAAAAAAUAUAAUAAUUAUUCUUUAAAAUAUUAUGAAUGCUUUAUAUUUUUAAACAGAGGGAAUAAUAUUUAUGAAUUUAUAGUUGAAAGAUCAUAAUUUAUAAUGAAAAUUUUGUAAUUCACGACUAAAUAGAUGUGGCGUUUUAAGGGAUUUGACUGUAUUUUUGCAAAUUCAAGAGAGUUAUUUGUAAAUAAAUUCACAUACAUAUAAUUUAUACAAAAUUUUCCAUGUUUAAUUUGUCUGAAGAUAAUGUUUCUUGGCUCUAUCGUACACACACAUAUCCUUUAUUAAAAAAUUCCCUCGCAUUAUUAAAUGCUUUUAUUUUGGUUCAGUGUUUGAAGGCAGUGGAAUUGAAUGGGACUAAUAAGUGAGGUAAAAGAUUUUUUUUCUUCUUUGCCUGGGCCCAUAAAGGACUUUCUGAGACAAACAACUUGGGAACUGUCAAUUUGCUAUUUCUUAUAUGAGUCCAAUGUUGCAAAGCUGGAUGAAUAUCUUGAAAAUCUCCAAGAGAGAAGAGAGAGCAUACAAAAUCACAUUGACAAUGAAUCACAAAGCGGCCAAAAAAUUGCACCGCAAGUUUCGGAGUGGUUGAAACAGGUGGAAGACAUAGUUGCUGAAAAUGACAAAUUUUGGAGUGAUAAAGACCAUCCAUUCGCAGUGUUUUGGAAUUGUGCUUGCCUAAACCUGGGGUGAGGUUUCGUUUGGGCAAAAUGGCUUAUGGAUUGGUCAAGGAAGUUGAUAAUCUUCGCAAAACAACCUUCGACACAAUUUCUGAUGGUAUGCGGCCAAUGUCGAUGGAUUUUAUUUUACCUGGCAGUGGUUUUGUGAGUUUCAAAUCAAGACAUGAAGUUACGAAGAAAGUUAUGGAUAUGUUGAAUGAUUCUAAGGUAAGAAUAAUUGGGGUCUAUGGACUAGGAGGGGUGGGAAAAACCACUUUUGUUAAAAAGGUGGCUAGAAAAGCUAUAAAUGAUAAGUUGUUUGACAUGGUGGUCUUCGCACAUGUGACAAGUACUCCAGACAUAAAGAAAAUCCAAAGUGAACUAGCUGAUCAAUUGGGCGUAAGAUUUGAUAAGGAUAGUGAGAUUGGAAGAGCAAGCCGCUUGCAAGAUAUAUUUAACAAUGAAAAGAAGAAUACUCUUGUGAUCCUAGAUGAUUUAUGGGUUAGAUUGGACUUGAACAAGCUGGGGAUUCCAGUGGAUGGUGCCAACCCUAGCUCAAAAUCUGUUGAGGGAAUUUACAAUUUCAAAAUGUCCAAAGAUGAAGUUACAAAUGAUUCCAAGAGAUUCAAAAUUUUGCUCACUUCAAGAGACAGGGAGGUCUUGUCUGGUAAAAUGGAGUUGAAAGACAACUCAAUUUUCUCUCUAAAAGGCUUGCAGGACGAGGAAGCAGAGAUUUUGUUUAAGAAGGUCACUAGAGUGAAUGAAAAAUCUCAUGACUUUCAACAAUUAGCCAUUACAAUUUCAAAGAAGUGUGGUGGAUUACCGAUAACAAUUAUCACAGUUGGAAGAACACUAAGAACAAAAAACUACAUUGAGUGGAAGGAUGCACUUGGACAACUUGAAAGGAAAAACUUUAUUGGGGUGGAUGAAUCUCUACAUUUCUCAACAAAAUUGAGCUUUUAUUAUUUGGAAAAUGAGGAUCUGAAGUCUACUUUCUUGCUUUGUGCUCAAUUGGGUCAUCAUCCCCUUAUUAUGGAGUUGGUGAAGUAUUGCAUUGGUUUGGGCAUAUUUAAAGGGUUUCUUUCAAUUAGGAAAACUCGUGAAAAAAUACUCACAUUGAUUAAAAGGCUCAAAGACUCAAGUUUGUUGGUGAAUAGUUAUUCUAAUGAUUAUUUCAACAUGCAUGAUGUAAUUUGUGAUGCUGCCUUGUCAAUAGCAUAUGAGGAUCAACAUAUUUUGACCAUGCGAAAUGAGAAACUAAGUGAGUGGCCUCAUAGCAAUGAAUUUGAGAUGUACAAUGCUAUAUCUAUACACAACUGUGAUACCCAUGAUGAGCUUCCAAAUUUUGUGAGUUGUCCUAAACUCAAAAUGUUCCAUAUUGAUAGUCUUGAUCCUUCUUUUAGACUACCAGAUAACUUUUUCAAUACAAUGGGCAUACUCAAAGCAUUGAUAUUGACUUGUGUUGAUCUAUCAAAUUCACUCACUUUAAUUAGUUGCCUAACAAACUUGAGAAUGCUUUGUUUAGAGCAAUGCAUGUUAGGUGACAUAUCCUUCAUAGGAGAGAUGAAGAAAUUGAGGAUUCUCAGCCUCUCAAGAUCUAAUAUUCAAAGUCUUCCAGCUACAAUAGGACAAUUAUGUAAAUUGCAAUUGCUUGACAUAAGUAAUUGCAUUGAACUUAGAGAGAUUCCACCUAAUGUGUUGUCAGGUUUGACUAAUUUAGAAGAAUUGUAUAUGACAAAUAGUGUGAAGUGGAAGAGUGAAGGAAAUCGAAGUGGAAAUGCUAUUCUUGCUGAAUUGAGGUAUCUACAUCAAUUGAAGAGUCUAGAUAUAUGCAUACUAGAUGCUGCCUCUUUGCCAUGGAACUUGUUCCUUGACAACUUGGAUAGCUACAAGAUUGUCAUUGGAAAUUUCAAAACUCUUUCUGUGGGAGAUUUCAACAUGUCAAAUAAGGAUGAAAACUCAAGGGCAUUGGCAUUGCAAAUAAAAGAAAGGAACCACAUUCACACUCAUAAAGCCAUUAAACUAUUAUUUAAAAAAGUAGAGAAAUUGUUAUUGGGAGAAGUAGGUGUUCAGAAUAUUUUCUAGGAGUUGAAUUUGGAAGGAUUUUUGUGUUUGAAACAAUUGUCCAUUAUAAAUAACUCAGACAUUAAAUGGAUCAUCGAUUCGAUGGAGUUGCUAGAUCCUGAAGAUCCUUUCCCCAAUUUAGAAUCACUUUGUCUUUAUAAGUUGGGGAGCUUGGAGAAAAUAACCAACAGUAAGCUUACAGCCACAAGCACAUCCUUCUCAAAUCUAAAAAUUGUCAGGAUCAAGAGCUGUGGUCAAUUAAAAAGUAUUUUCUCCCUUUCCAUGGUUUUGCUUCUCAAAAAUCUUGAAACAAUUGAAGUUUCUGACUGCGAAUCCGUUGAGAACAUUGUGGCCAAGGAUGUAGAAAUUGGUUCUAUUCAAUGGUUUCCUGAAUUACGCUCACUGAUGCUACAAAAUUUACCAAAAAUUUCUGAAUUCUAUUCUAAUGAUAGGGGUGGAAGUAGUGCUGAGAUAUGUUUCUUUAAUGAAGAGGUUGCAGUUCCCAAAUUAGAGAGCUUGGAGUUGUCUUGGAUCAACAUGCACAAGAUUUGGAGCGAAGAGUCAAAACCCUUUGAAAAGUUAAUGAAAUUGAAAGUUCAAAAUUGUAAGGAGAUAAAAUAUUUAUUAUCAAUUUCAGUGGCAAAGGAUCUAGGUAAUCUCAAAAGCUUGUCAAUAAGUGACUGUGAGAAGAUGGAGAGAAUAUUUGAAAGUGAAUUAGCAACCGUACGCGAGCACAGUAAAUUGGAUUUGGUCCGUGUGUUUCCCAAGUUAGAGGAAAUCCAACUCAGUGACAUGGAAAAUUUGACAAGUAUAUGGCCUAAAGAAGUCACCCAAGAUUCCUUCUCCAGCCUGAAUUCUGUGUCUAUAGAACACUGCCAUAAGAUUGUCACAGUUCUUCCUAGUCACAUGGUGGGAAAAUUUGGUGGACUAAAGAGUUUGAAAAUUGGUCAAUGUGAUUUGUUGGAAGAGAUCUUUGACCUCAAAGAUCCUCCACAUAUUAGUGGUGAAGCUAAAACUCACUUGCAAGUUCUUGAAAUAGAAGAAACAGCUAAAGCAUGUAUGGAAUAAAGACCCUGUAGGAAUUCUUAACUUUAACAGGUUGGAAAAAAUAAAGGUUCUAUCGUGUGGUAACUUGGAAUAUCUGUUUCCACUUUCCGUAGCCACAAGGGCUCAAGAAUUGGUUUCUCUUUCUCUUACCCUUUGUUUUAAUAUGGAGGAAGUUGCAAGGAAAGAGAGGCUAGCUGAUGAAAUUUCACAAGAAGAAAUUGCAUUUGAGUUUCCUAAAUUAACUACUUUGAGGAUGCAAUUACUCCCAAAACUAAAGAGUUUUUACAAGGGGAGACAUUGUGUAAAGUGGCCAAAAUUGAAAAAGCUAGGAGUCCUCUUUUGUAGCAUGCUUGAAGUAUUCCAUAUAAGAACCACAUCAUCAGAAGAAGCAACAAUCUUCUUGCCCAAAGAGAUACUCUCCAACCUGGAAACUAUGUUCAUAACCCUGAAGGAAGCAGAGAUGCUGAAGCUCUGCAUUAAAAACUAUCGUAUGAGCUGUCUGAAAAAAUUUACUUUGCUUAGGUGUCCCCCAGUUGAAACUCUUCAUUGCUUUCUCUCUAGAAUGCCUUACCUGGAAGAGCUUACAUUAUUGGCGGAUGACAAAUUGAGAGAAGUAAUACCUAGUGGAAGUCACAUGACACAAGAAAAUAUUGGUAAUGUUGCCCCCCUUAAAUCCUUAAAGUUAUCCGGUUUGAGUGAUCUCAAGGAAGUAGGAUUUGAGAGAGAUCCAGUUCUCCAAUGGUUAGAGAACUUGUCAAUAAAAGAAUGUGGGAAACUGGUCAAUUUAGCUCCUCCCUCGGUGACUCUCGCUCACUUGACAUCCCUUAAAGUACGUAAAUGUAGAGGAUUAGAAAACUUGAUGGGAUUUUCAAUUGCAAAAAGCUUGGCUCAACUCACGUCCUUUAAGGUAGUGGAAUGUACGAUGCUAGAGAAAAUUGUAGCAGAACAAAAUGGCGAAGACAAAAUAACAUCCCGCCAAGAGAUUGUUUUUAGCAAAUUGAAGACUUUGGAACUUGUGGAUUUACCAGCACUCUGUUGUUUUUGCAACUUCGAAAUGCAUGCCUUUAAGUUCCCAUCACUCGAAAAGUUGAUAGUGAGAGAUUGUUCAAAUAUGACAAAAUUCUCUGUGCAAGUCACAACUCCAAUAAAUCUACAAGUACUUAAGAGCAAAGAAGAGGAAGAGAAUUGGUAUUGGAAAGGAGAUUUGAAUGCUACAAUUCUACAAAUGUUUCUCCAUUCAUUACAAUCUUUGGAGCUUUCCAAUUACGCGGAACUAGAAGAAAUAUGGCUUGGGAAAAUCUCCCCAGCAAACAACAGCUUUCAAAAAUUGACAACCUUGGUGGUAAAGAAUUGUGAGUUUCUAUCAACCGUAAUUCCAUCGUAUUUACUUCCUUACUUGGAGAACUUGGAGGAAUUACAUGUUGAAAGAUGUGGGUCCGUGGAGGUAAUAUUUGAUGGGAGUGACAUGGUGAUGAAAAAAUCCCAUUUGAAAAGAUUGAUUUUAUGUCAACUGCCAAAAAUGAAGCAUGUGUGGAACAAGAAUCUUGAAGGGAUUUUGAGCUAUGAAAAUCUUGAAGUUGUGGCAGUCACAAAGUGUCAAUGCUUGUAUGUUUUGUUUCCAGCCGUACCUUUGGCCAAAAAUCUUUCAAAACUUGAAACGCUCAAAAUAAUACAUUGUGGGGCACUUGUGGAUAUUGUUGGAAAUGCUGAUGAAAUAUAUGAAGCAAGAGCUAUUGAACAAUUUCUUAUCAAAAAAGAGCUAUUGAACAAUUUGAGUUCCCAUGUCUACGAACACUGAGCCUUGGCAACCUACCUGAGUUGAAGCACUUUUACCCAGGAAGAAUGAUACUACGGUGCCCAAAGUUAGAAGUUCUUGAUACUUAUCAAUGUGGUAAGUUGCAGAUAUUCGCAUCAGAAAAACAAAGCAACCACAGAUCAACCAUUGAGGAUCAAAUUGGCCCUUCAAUCAAUCCCCAAACCCUUUUCUCAGCACAAGAGGUUAUUAGCCGCUUGAAGCACAUAUCAGUGAAUAAGGAAGAGGCAAUGAUGCUCUGCACUGAAGACAUUCAAGCUCAUCUUGUUUCCAAAUUAGAAGUCCUUCAGCUAUAUUGCUUUGACAAUGUCAAUGGGGAGGAUGGGUUACCAUUCAAAAUGCUUCACAAAUUACCCAUCACAAAGUCUCUCGUUGUGGCAUACAGUGACUUAUGUGAGAUAUUCCCAACGACACUUAAAUCUGGAAUUGGUAGUCCAAGAUUCAGCGAAUUGAGAUUGGAGUUUCUACCUAAACUCAAGUGCAUAGGGUUAGAACACCCCUACAUGAAUUCACUCGGACAAAAACUCCAAUACUUACGAAUAGAAAGAUGUCCUAGCUUGACAAAACUAGUACAGUCUGCAGUAUACCUUCCUAAGCUUCGAGAGUUAGAAAUAACAAAAUGUCAUGGAUUGGAAUAUUUAUUCACAACCCAAACUGCCAAUAGCCUGAUGAAACUUAAGGAAUUGAGAGUCUGUUCAUGUGAAUCAAUUAAAAUGAUAGUAGCCCAAGAGGAAGGCCACGUAAUUGACGAUAUUGACAAUGAAAUAGAAUUUGGGAAGCUUCGACGAGUAGCUAUACAUUCUCUUCCAAGCCUACAAUGCUUUUACAAAGGGACUUCCACCUUGGAAUUUCCAUAUCUGGAUUACCUGAACAUAGAAGGAUGCCCCAACAUGAAGUAUUUCUCUCAGGAGUGUAUUUAUGCGCCCUCCAUGAGAAAGACAAACAUUCCACCUCUAGUGAAAAAUGAUGAUUGGACUUGGGAGAUCAAUUUUAGCACCUCAUUGCGCCAGUUGUUUACCAAGAAGGCUGAGACGGACCAUCGUGAUACAAUUGAAGUAGCAGCAGCAGAAUGAUCAUCGCAGCCUCUUCUGUUUUACUACAUUAUUGCUUUUAUAAAAAUCCAAAAAAAUAAAAAAAUGGAAAAAAAUGAAAAACUCAAAAACUGUGUGGAGUUUUUGCAGCUUCAAUGGUUGAAUGUGUGGGAUUGUGAAUCAAUUAUAGAAACAGUGGUCCAAGGAAGACGAAGAUGAUCAUUCUACAAUCACUUCCAAGCCUAGCAUUCUUAUUUUCUGUGAACAAUGAUUAUUACCACUUUCUCUGCAGCAUAUGUUUCAUGAAAAGGCUACAACGGGCUCUAUUGAUGAAAUAGGAGGAGGUCAAUGAGAAUGAUCACAUCACAUCCACUUUAUUUUAUUGCAGUGUUCUAUAAAAAAAAAACUUAAAGGAAA